AGCCCGCAGAGGAAGGCUGACACUGUCACACAGCCACUGAACUUCCCGUCAAGACAACACAGCACAGGCGAGAAAAAAGCUGCUGCUGCUGCUGACAAGAAAGAAAAAAAGGGGGAACAACAUCAAGAGAAGAGAAGAGGACACACACACUCUUCGGGUCCACAAGGCAAAGAAAACGGUGCCAUUGUCCUCCAGCUGAGGGGACGAGCAGAGGCAGGUCUGGUGCUCUGCUGCACGGCUCCCUGCAGAGAGUAGCCCGGCUAGCUGCAGCACGGAGCGGCUUGCACAGGCUGUGAGUGAGGGGCUUAUUUUAGCCACAAUCGGGACAUUUAUCGUAGGUUAACUGAUGGGAGCUUUUAUCCGAUAGUCAUCCAUCCCUUCCCUUCCCUUCCUCUACCCCCCCUCUCCUAUUCCCUUCCCCCCCUCACCACCGUCGGACCCUGGCUCGGAUCCGCCACUCGGGCGCUGUCCUCGCCGGGGGGUGCCGGAUCAUCACCACCAUCAUCUCCCGGUCCAGCUAACUCCCAGGAGGCGGCUCGGUGCGCCCCUGACCCCCCGGCCCCCUUUUCCUCGCCUGUCUGCCGGUGUGGCCGACCCCUAGCCGAGCCCUGAACAUGGCAGGGAACCUGAAGAAAGGCGGGGGGCUCAUCGGCAUGAUGAAGGAUGCCUUCCAGCCGCACCACCACCACCUCCACUCCCAUCACCAGCCCGGGGCCGUGGACAAAAAGACGGUAGAGAAAUGCUGGAAGCUGAUGGACAAGGUGGUGCGUCUGUGCCAAAACCCCAAAUUGGCCCUGAAGAACAGCCCCCCUUACAUCCUGGACCUGCUGCCAGACACCUACCAGCACCUGCGCACCAUUUUGUCCCGCUAUGAAGGCAAAAUGGAGACUCUGGGGGACAAUGAGUACUUCCGGGUCUUCAUGGAGAACCUAACCAAGAAAACCAAGCAGACCAUCAGCUUGUUUAAGGAAGGCAAAGAGCGCAUGUACGAGGAGAACUCUCAACCCAGGCGGAACCUCACCAAGCUGUCGCUGAUCUUCAGUCACAUGCUUGCUGAGCUGAAGGCCAUCUUCCCCAACGGUCUGUUUCAGGGUGACAACUUCCGCAUCACCAAGGCGGACGCUGCAGAGUUCUGGAGGCGCUCCUUCGGGGACAAGACCAUCGUGCCUUGGAAGGUUUUCCGUCAGUCUCUCCACGAGUUUCAUGCCAUCAGUUCCGGAUUGGAAGCCAUGGCCCUCAAGUCCACCAUAGACCUCACCUGCAACGACUACAUCUCUGUCUUUGAGUUUGACAUCUUCACUAGGCUAUUCCAGCCUUGGUCGUCCCUUCUGCGGAACUGGAACAGCUUGGCAGUUACUCAUCCCGGGUACAUGGCCUUCCUAACGUACGAUGAGGUCAAAGCACGGCUGCAGAAGUUCAUUCACAAGCCUGGCAGUUACAUCUUCCGACUUAGUUGCACACGGCUGGGCCAGUGGGCCAUCGGCUACGUGACAGCAGAUGGAAACAUCCUCCAGACCAUUCCCCACAAUAAACCCCUCUUCCAAGCUCUCAUAGAUGGCUUCAGGGAAGGAUUCUAUUUGUUCCCUGAUGGCCGGACCCAGAACCCUGACUUGACGGGACUGUGUGAGCCUUCGCCUCAAGACCACAUCAAAGUCACACAGGAGCAAUAUGAGCUGUACUGUGAGAUGGGUUCGACUUUCCAGCUGUGUAAGAUCUGUGCAGAGAAUGACAAGGAUGUGAAGAUUGAGCCCUGUGGUCAUCUCAUGUGUACCUCCUGUCUCACUGCCUGGCAGGAGUCAGAGGGUCAGGGAACGGGAUGUCCCUUCUGUCGCUGUGAGAUUAAGGGUACGGAGCCUAUCGUCGUGGAUCCUUUUGACCCCAAGGACAACAGUGGGGGCUCAUGCAGGGUCCUGUUCGGGGCUGAGGGUGCUCCAUCACCCAGCUAUGAUGAUGAUGACGAUGACAGACUUGAAGACCCCCACCUCAUGAUGAGCAAACUUGCCUGUACAAAGGUGGAGCGACCUCCAUCACCCAUGUCCACGGCUCCUCAGUCCUCUCUUCCUCCCGUUCCGCCCAGGUUAGACCUGCUACCGCACAGAUCUUCCAACCCCCCUGGUGCCUCCAGCCCUGGAGUCACCUCUAAGGCAGCAUCUCACCACAAAGACAAGCCUCUACCACUCCCCCCAGCGCUGAGGGAUCUCCCCCCUCCUCCUCCUCCAGACCGCCCCCACGCCGCGGGGACGGGUCCUGAUGGACGGAUGCAAAGGCGGCCAUUACCCUGCACUCCGGGGGAGCCCCUUCGAGAUAAACUGCCUCCAGCUCCCCCAAACCGGCCGAUGGCUGACUGGAACUCCAGGCCUGUUCCCAAGGCUCCCACCUCAUCUUCCUCAUCCUCCUCGUCAUCUUCCUCGUCCACCCAAGUGUCGAGUCUGGGUGGGGAUAUCCGGGCAGGUGUUAGAGAACUCUCCAACCGACACUCCCUCCCCUUGGCGCUGCCCUCAGCUCUGGACACACGCUCGGACUCGCAGAAGAACAACAGCUCCCUCAGUCUGGAUCAUCAGCUGAAUUUUGCCGCAGCAGCCGGUCAAGAUUAUGACAACCCCAAAGUCAAGCCCUCAGUUUCAGCCAACGCUAUCUAUGCACUGGCAAACAGAGCGACUUCAGCUUUGAGGUCAGUGGCAAGCGAGGAUGCACGCGACAGCGACGAGGAGUCAGAGUACAUGAUCCCCUCGUCUCGUCCUGUCCUGCCCCCCAUCACAGCACCACCUGUAGGAGAUUCUCCACCAGUCCUGAGGCCGCAACAUCAGUCUCUAUCAGCACUCCAGUCACAGGCUCAAGCCCCCACCCUCAACUCAAGGCUGGCACUGGGUGAACUAGAGGAUGGUGGACCUCAAAUGUAUGAAGCCAUGUACAACAUCCAAGCCAGGUCACAGCAAGCCAGAGAUUCAGAUUAUUCAGAGUUGCCCCCUCUGGCACUGACCAAUGGUCCCAGAGACCACCCAGCAGAGGACAGAGAAGAAGAGGAAAAUGGCUACGAUUUCCCGAAACCCCGACUGCCGUUGCCCCCUGCACGACGGACCCUUUCAGAACUGGCAGGGUCUUCUUCCUCCUCUUCAUCCUCUUCUUCGAGUUCAUCCUCCACAGCUGCUUUCAGCCGCCUUUCUUUAGAUUCUGACGCUGGAGCUGCUGCAUCCUUCUCAGAUAUGGUGGAAGCACCAGAGAGACCCCCAAAGCCCCUGCCCAGACGAAUCAACUCAGAGCGUCGGCACAGCCCUGUCCCACCCGUCCCUGGCGUUCCCAGCAGUGGAGCAACAGGAGGAGAAGCCAACUCUCAAAUUAGUAGUGAGAUAGAGCACCUCAUGAGUCAGGGAUACUCGUACCAGGACAUCCAGAAAGCACUGAUGAUUGCACAGAACAAUAUUGAAAUGGCUAAAAAUAUCCUGCGCGAGUUUGUCUCUAUUCCCUCCACCGCGCAUAUUCUCACAUAGCACACUUCCUGUGCCCUCUCUCAUGUUUGCUCUCUCGCCCUCGCUUGGCCCAGCCUGGUUGGGUUAAGGUUGGCACAGCCCAACCCAAAGCCCAUUGCCUGCAGCACUACCUCCGGUGCUGGCUGACGCCCCACGCCCCUGUGGAUUUUAUAACUGGCUGUUACUCCAGUGAGCUCACAGCAUCUCUGGGACUCUGCGCCCUGCACUCCAUGCGCUUUCAACAGUGUCUGGCCUUCUUUUAAACUGCUCCAGCAGGCCUCUUCCUUUUCAAGAACAUCUCCGCAGGACCGACUGAGCGCAUGUGGAACAAUGAUGGGGACGCCACAUGGUGUGAGACAUUUCGCAGGAAUCCUGGGAAGACAGAUUCUUAUCUUUCAUUUUGAAGCCUCUUGCUGAAAAUGUAACCAACACCUCACAAAUAAAACUAAAAAUGUAUGUCUAUAUGAAAAUUUAAUAUAUGAGUAAAUGUAUAUUAAAUGUGUGUAAUAUAUACAGUACGUGCAUAUACAGUAUGUGAAAAUGAUUUCAGCUUGGAGGGUCGCUGUUGGUACAAGCGUUGUGGGUAGACAGGGACCAGAUUCUGUUGGACUGAGGCAUGUGAGUGUGGAGAAGUAUCUGUGAGGAAGAGGAAGAGUCAGAGGGGUCUUCCUCACCAGGAUCUGUCAGUCAGCAGCAGCUUAGAAGACAUGCAGCGGCGCUUUUUCAUUAUGAAUUCAGUCUGUUAUGGCCUUUGAUUAACAACAUUUCUUUGGUACUUUUUUUUUUUGUUUUUUUGUUUUUUUUAGAGAACAUGCUUGUUUUGUCGUGUUGUAUCUUUUCAACGUAGCAUGACGAUGGUUUCAGGUCUGGACUGUUAUCUGGCAGUGUGUGUCUGUGUGUGUGUGUAUCUCUGUGUGUGUGUGUGUGUGUGUGUGUGUGUGUGUGUGUGUGUGUGUGUGUGUGUGUGAGUGUGAGUGUGUGUGAGUGUGUGUGAACUGCUCUUAAAUGAACCCCUGUUCCUGUACAACAUGAAUGUGGAAUUACAGUCAGUAUACUCAGACUACUGCUCUAACUCAUAUGGCAGGGCCUAGUGUAGCUGUACAGCCUGGCAGUGAGAUAAUUAGAGGACGUACUAAUGUUGACGACCCUGCAGUACCAGACAGGCUAGUGUUCUGUGAUCCGUGGCGGCUGAAACGUUUUCAUUUUGUCUUUUGGCUGGCUGGCUCGGGUUUCUGUCUCCAGCUCGGUCCGGUGUUAUGAAACAAAAAAAAAAAAAUGUUAUUGAUUUACUUUGGUAAUAUAUUAUUGUAAUAUGAUCAUAAAUAUUGUUAUUAUCAUUAAUUCAGAAGUGCUUCACUGCUGCUACUAUUGUUAGUGCUAAACAAUUAAGCCUUAAAUGUACAUUUGUGAAUAUUGUGUUUAACCGUGUUCUUUAAAGUGACAGUAUCGCCCGUGUUUCUCCAGUCCGUAAUGUAGCAUACUUGAAAGUACAAGCGGCUUGUGAGCCUGCAGCCCUCUCAAGCUGUCGACUCUUCAGUGUUUUUAAACCUUUUUUUUUUUUUUUCCUCUCUGAUUCUCUGCAGGUCGACUCUGUAAUAAAGCAAAACAAAAUGCAUUUAGUCAUAGAUUCAGGCUUCACUUUGACAUCCAUUUCCUUUCUUCUCGGGGGAUCGCCCCAUUAAAAGGAAGUGAAUUGCUGAGGCUUUUAAAAAAAAAAAAGUAGGCUCAUGGGUUUGCUGGCCCACCCCCAAGUCUACAUUAAAAAUCAGUAUUUGGGCCAACUGUAAGAACUAACUCAGGAAUAAUGUUUAUCUUAACAAGUGGCGUUCACCCUGGAUGUCCAAAACCGGAGAAGACUCUUUAUUGGCAUAGACAGCAGCUCAUCUGCCAUCUUCUGCUUGUCCAGGUGACAUGUAGCCUAAAGUAUCCACUUAAUGAAGUCACACCAGUAGCCUAUUACUUUUUUUUUUUUUUUUUUUUUUUUUUUUUGGUCACAUUAUAACUUGCACAUUUUACAUUUUAUUUCCUUUGUUCGCAGGACUAGAGAGAGCAGCUUCAUUUCCAGGUACUAUGAAUGAACAGAUUAAUAAAUGCAAAGGAGCUUUUAGGUACAUUGACUUGAACCUCUCCCAGCAUAUGAAGAAUGUUUUUUGUUUAUUUUGGGAGGAUGUGAAUCCUGUCAAUAGCUAAUUAGCUUUAGCUUAUACUGGGUAAUGCUGUCUGUUGACUGGACGCUAUCUCCGCGUGCUGUCCGGCCAUCCUCUAGUUCCUUUUUUUUUUUUUUUUUUUUUUUUCUGUUCCUAGUUGCCUUGAGAAACUUCUUGAAUGAUGGGUAAUGGACAUGGGGAGUUCCCCCGAUCCUCAUUACUGUACCAAUGUUUUGUUAAUGUUUCGAGGACAGCGCAAGUCAUUGUUGUGUAUUAUUUACCUUUUUAUUUGUUUUUCACACAGUAUACCAAUUUGUGCUUUGAUACUGUCACUCUAAAGGAAAGCAAAUUGUAUAGUUAGUGGUAUAAAAGAAAAAAAAGGCUGUUUUUAUUUCAGUUUGCAUUCCUGUACAUGUAUUUUUGUUCCAAAGGUUUUGUUUACUUAAGUGAAUAAUUCUGUGAGCAGUGCCAUAUGUUUAGAGAUCUUCACCAUGUUUAGAGUAAGGCCUUUAUUUUUUGAAGAGAGUGUGUAGGUACCAAUCUGUACCUGUUGAUCUCUGAAGGUAAGAUUGUUGCAGUAUUGCUUGUAUUAGUCUUUCCCCCUCUGCCUUGUCAGCCGUGUCAGCGUCAUCUGUAAAGUACAAGCACUGAUCUGUGAAAGGCCUCAGCUUCCUUUCGUUCAUCUCUCUUCACAUGAAAGAUGAACCAGAUCCCAGAUCAGCACUAAAGCCUCAGAGGUGCCUGAAGAGCACCAGCCCUGUUACCACCCCCCCGUCCCCAAGUCGGGGGGGAACUUCAACUUUCUGCCAGAAGAGGGAGCCGUUGUUCCAUGUAGCUGUGUCGCUUCUUAUCAGUAAAAGGCAUUCAUUAACUUUUUGAUGGUUUUUAAAGCUCAUAUCACUUUGGAAGUAUGCACAGUGCUGUUAAUAAAAUGAUAAGCAA